UACUACUAGUUAUAGUGCUAAAGUAGGUGGCACCACAAUUACCAACACUGGGACUGGCGGAGAUCUGCCGGACGCGGAGACGAGCACUAUAUCUGCUGCAGUGCACGGAAAUAGUUCGGCAGCGAAUGCAACCACAAGCAGAAAGGUAAAGAGCCCCCACAUCCCCGACGAGAAUAUUGCUGCGCAGAUGGUGGAUGGAGAUCGAGACACUCCGCAGUUGAAGGGGGGCGAACAGUUUCACGACACGGCUGUUGUGGAGGGAACCCUAAUGGAGGAGCUGCAAUUGGUGUUGGGAAACAUGACCAUUUUGAAGAAAGUUCUGGAGUGUUGCGGCGGGAAGUGGGCAAGCUGGCAUGAGAUCGACGAUUUGUACAAGAUGAAGUACGACCACGGAGAUAAAGACCAUCUAGCACCGGAGCCGCAGCAGCCGCAUCAGCACUCGCACGCGGAAGUGCCGAAAAUGGCAGAGUCAUAUUCCGUAUUGAUGCGGCCGCGGAGCACAAGUAGCCCGAGUCGUAGUUGUUCUCCCGUUGGCCAUGGGCCGCACACCUUCAAAAACAAGAGCCGAGAAAUACUCGGCGCCGCGCUGGCCGCCGAUCAUGUGCUAGACAAGAGCACUACGAUAGAGCUGCUCUCCCGGCGGGCGGGCGCAAACGAGAAGCAGGUUUUUGAAGACACGGUGCUUUCCCAUCUAUUGUCGCUGAACUUGCAUGACCUGGCACGGCAAGUGCAGCACAUGUACGAAAUUGCGGCUCCCAACGUUUGCAUGAUCGAGGUAGAGCGGCUGGAGUACCUCUUCACUGAGGCCGAAGACAAGACGGAGGCGGUGACGCGCCUUCUUCAUUUCCAGCCGCCGCAGGCCGUGCGGUUCGCCUUCGCGCUGCUGGACCGCUUCACACUGAUCCGCCACCGCCUAUUGUUUUGUCGGAUGCUCCUUCAGCACCUUCGUUCCUGGCUUUCGGACGCCCAAAUUGUGCGGCUGGAGAUCCUCUGUGCGAGUUUGGAGCUGCUCAGCGUCGUAGAGCAGCCGGUAUCCUCGACGACAAGCAGUCGAAGUCGCCAGCUUUCCAGUGCUGCAGCUAAA